GUUGGUUUGAUUUAUUUGCAGGUGAUACUGAAAUGCUCAAAAUUUGGCAAAGAUUUAAAGACAUCAGUAUACAGGAGUAUUCUAAAUUGUAUCAGAGAUUAGGUGUGACAUUCACAGAGUACCAUUCAGAGUCAAUGUACGAUAAAGAAGCCAUAUCAUUAACAGAAAGGUUAAAGCACACGGGGAUACUACAGACGGACAGUGAAGGUAAAGGGUAUAUUCAAAUAGAAUCAGAUAAAGGUAUACCAGAUAAAGUGAAUAUUCUGAAAAGUGAUGGUACAACAUUGUAUAUUACAAGGGAUAUUGCUGCCAUUAUGGACAGAGCAGAAAAGUACAAGUUUGAUAAGAUACAUUAUGUUGUAGAAAAUGCCCAGCAUAUGCAUUUUAGUCAUCUGUGUGGUGCCAUGAAUAGAUAUCCUGAGUGGAAUAAUAGAUUGAAUGAAGAUCUUCACAUAAAGUUUGGUAGAAUUGAAGGAAUAAGCACAAGAAAGGGCAAUGUGGUAUUUCUGAAGGAUGUUUUAGAUGAAGCAGCGAAUAGAUUUAAGACAUCAAUGAUGGCAAAGAAAAAUUAUAAAAUUGAUGAAAAAGACAUAGAUGCCGUAACUGAAGAGUUGGGGAAAAGUUCUAUAAUUGUUCAGGAUCUCGGCCAAAGACGCAUAAAGAAUUACAAAUUCAGUUGGGAAAGAAUUAUGUACAGCGCAAAGUUACAGUAUUGUCAUGCAAGACUUUGUAGUAUAGAAAGAAGUAGUGGGUUUACUUUAGAUGAAGAUUUUACAGAAGAUCCAUUAACAACAAACAGUCAAGCAGAAGAACUAGUGUUACAUUUAGAAAAAUUUGAAGAUGUUAUACAGGAGUCAUUUAGUACAUUGGAACCUUACCUUGUAGUUAGAUAUCUGGACCAACUUUGUGAUCAUGUUAAUACAGCGUACAAGACAU